AUGGUGGCCAAGAGGCGCAAGAAGAGGACGGUGGAACGGGAGCUCGACAUCAACAUAGUGUCGGCUCGUUACCUGCCAGCAAUGGACCCCAACGGGCUGUGCGACUGCUUCUGCAGGAUCAAGCUGAAUGACGCGCUGAUGGGAAAGAUGAAAACGAUCUACAGGAACAGGAACAGGAGGGUAAGGAGGUGGUUUGGCGUGCGGAGGAUUGAAGCAGAGUACAAGGCGUGGGAGACGAGGGCCAGGUCCGAGGACGAGUGGAUCAGAGAAACUCACGAUGGCGAGCUAGCAGUGUCGGAGGAGAACAACGUGUCGGAGGUGACCGAGAUCUGCAACCCCAAAGUAGCGAAAGGGUGCUCGAGGCCAGUCGGUACCCUGGACUAUCACGGCGAGAGCAAGAGGCCGAGCACAACAGCAGCGGCUCAGACGCUGCUUGGCGAGCAGGGCAAGAGCAGGAGUCCGGAGAAUGGUCUGGCAAGGCUUGUCGAGGGCAGUGGAAGACAUGGAGUGGAGAAUGUCAAGUCAUACAUCUCCAUGUCGAUCAGGAUCGCAUCGGUCGAGGCCAACGAGGGGAGGGUGCCUCAGUGCAAGCAGCGUGUCUUUCGUGCUGUAGAGACUUGCGAGCGGUUGGUCGGAGCUCAGCGUCAGGUAGCUCCAUAUCUUGCGCUGAGUCUCUCAACUCGACUCCCGGCAGAUCUCCGUGGUGACCAGGCAGCUGAACGACCUCAAUCGGUUGAAGAAGAAGAGCUCCUCCUUGCUUUGUUCCCCCUCUUGACCUCCCCUUGA